UCGCAUCGCUCAAUUCGCAAUCCUACCUUUGAAAUCGGCCUCAUAACGGCACUGCCAUUGGAGGCUCGAGCAAUCAUAGGGCUUCUCGACGAGCUCUACAUUGGCAAGGACACUGUUGCCUAUGCGCGAGAUCCAGCAGACCUUAAUGCUUACACAGCCGGUAGAAUCGGGCGUCAUGAUGUUAUUCUGAUGCACAUGCCGAGGAUGGGCAUCACGAGCGGGGCAGCGGUGGCGAUGAAUGCUUUAACCGGCUUCCCAGCUCUGAAGCUAAUCUUGCUGGUGGGGAUCUGCGGAGGAAUGCCCCUGGCGUCUGACGAGACGGAGAUCGUUCUCGGGGAUGUGAUCAUCAGCAGGAACAUUGUCCAAACCAAUUUCGGACGGCAGUUCCCCGAUGGCUUCGUCAUCAAGAGCGAUGUGGAGAGCACCUUCCGAGGACCAAGUCACAGCAUUCUGUCAUUCCUGGCGAAAAUCGAAGCCUGUACCGAUACCUGCGAGCGAAGAAUGUCCGAGCACCUUGCUUCUCUUUUGGAGCUGCCAGAAUUCGGCAACUCCCAGUACCCCGGUCCGAUUAAAGAUCGACUGUUCCCCGCAGACUACAUUCACAGACAUCACAAUGCCCAGGACUGCGAGUGUGCGCGAGGUGACGGAGCUUGUGUGGCAGCCAGAACGGCUUCAUGUGAGGAACUUGGGUGCCAGUCGGACCUCCUGAUUCCGAGGCAACGGCUCCAGUGCCAGUCGGGACAGAGCCCGGUCAUUCACCUCGGAGCCUUUUCUUCCAGCGAUGCCGUUAUAAAGUCCGGUUGGCAUCGCGACCAGAUUGCAAAGGCAGCAAAUGUGAUCGCCUUCGAGAUGGAAGGCGCGGGCAUCUGGAACUUUCUCCCGACUGUCAUAGUCAAAGGUGUCUGUGACUACGCGGACAGCCACAAGAACAAAGCCUGGCAGCGAUAUGCAGCAGCGACUGCAGCAGCAUGCGCCAAAAUUCUGGUGGAA